CAUGUCUGCUGUUAUGAAGCUGAAGACCCUUCAUGGCCAUUUGGAGAGCUUGAGUGGGUUUGCAGAACCUAAAAUAAAGUAUGAACAAUAUGAGACUCCAGCCCAACUUGCAGCUACUGCACUUUAUACUAUUCAGACACAAUUUGAAUCCAUAGAAAACUGCACUGUGCUAGAUGCUGGCUGUGGGCCUGGCAUAUGGGGCAUUGGGGCAGCAUUGCUUGGUGCUAGCAUGGUGACUUCCGUAGAUAUUGACGAUGAUGUACUGGAAGUAUUCAAGGAAAACGUUGAUGACAUGGAAAUAACCAACAUUGAUGCUAUACAGUGUGACUUUCUGGAUUCGAGAGUGUGCAGAUGGGAAGCCUACUUCGACACAGUGUUGAUGAACCCCCCGUUUGGUACAAAGAACAAUGCUGGAAUAGACAUAGAGUUUCUCCGAAUGGGUACUAUUCUCAGCAGUGAUAGUGUUUACUCAUUGCACAAGACUGCCACAAGAGCUCACAUAGAAAAGAAGAUUAAGGACUGGGGUAUGAAAGGUAGUGUCAUUGCUGAAAUGAAAUAUCCACUGCCGGCCACAUACAGGUUUCACAAGCAUCAUAAUAAGGACAUAGCUGUAGAUAUUUGGAGAGUGUACCAUCCAAAAUAAAUUAUUUAUAGGAAAUAAGGGAAAGAAUAUAGUUAUGUAUUAUGUGACAACAAUGCUCCUGUUUUUAGGCUGUUUUAUAUAUAUGAAUAGUAUUUUAAUACAAAUAAUUUUUUGCUACGAAGUAAAAAUGGAUUUUUUGUCUUCGUAUAUUUUGGACAGUAACUGUAAGUAGUAAAAUUGUUUCUUUUGUUACAAUAUAAAUAAUGUUCGCUCCAUACAAAGAAUGUAUUUACUUUUAAUUAAGAUAAAUGUAAAUCUUUAAACUUAUAAAUAGCUCAAUGGACUGAUAAGGAAAUCUGAAAGGAAUACAUGAAAUGAUUUUUAAA